AUGACCCAAAUAACUUUUUUCCUCUGUUUACUUCUUCCAAUCCUUUUCAUAAGUGCUACUCCCACCUUUUCCUUUCCGGCAGAUAGUUCUGAAAUAGAAAAACACGCUGCUGUUAAAGGAAAACUUCUUUCCUCGAAAUCCGUAUUUACCUAUUAUUGGGUUUCAUUUGAAUCGGAUUACAAAUCGUCUCGUCAAGUCACGAUUCGAACUUGCGAUAAGAAACCUAUUGCGACCGUAAAUAAGGAUUUUGCAAUUGAAAUGAAAAUGGAAGGAACCGGUAUAAGUAAAUCUGGCAAAGUAAUUAACUUUGGUGAUUGUGAUUGCGGCUCUGGUUUCGAUUGUUUCACUGAGUUAAACAGAAAGGAGCUCCCGUUUGGUGAAUCAUCAAGUGAAAAUCCCCUUACACCAUUUGUCACCAUAGCAGCUAAUGAUAUUCGUCCGGGAACAAAACUUUACAUUCCAAAGCUUGAUGGAAUGAUCAUGCCGGGCGGAGUACAUCACAAUGGAUGCGUAAAAGUUGAUGAUGAAGGUCAUGGGUUUGGAGGAAGACACAUUGACUUUUUUGUUGGCAAAGAAUCUAAUUACAAGACCUUGAUAAAGCAAAAGAUGUUCAACGAAGUUGAAGUUUUUAGCGCAAAGAAUUCUAGUUCUGUUUUGAAAAAAAAACGCGCUGAUGGUAAAGGAAAAUUUCUUUCAUCCAAAACUGCAUUUACCUAUUAUUGGGUUGUAUUUGAAUCAGAUUACAAGUCGUCUCAUCAAGUCACGAUUCGAACGUGCGAUAAGAAACCUAUUGCGACCGUAAAUAGGGAUUUUACAAUUGAGAUGAAAAUGGAAGGAACCGGUCUAAAGCAUAAGCACUCGUUUGGUAUUUCAAUCAAGUCAAACUCCCCUAUACCAUUUGUUACCAUAGCAGCUAAUGAUAUUCGUCCGGGAUCAAAGCUUUACAUUCCAAACUUGAUAGAAUGA